AGGAGAGAUAUCGGGCCUGACGAGAUUGAAUUUCCCGACCCCGACGAUGCCCCAGAGGAACACUUCCUGUCUCAGGAUGGCAAGAACACUUGGUAGGCUGAGAAUGUACGCUUUGAUUCCCCGCAGCGGGGCUAUCUCUUCGUUGAAUGCAGAGCCAUUUUUAGGAGUUUGGGUGCUCUAAGCAUGCAGCGUCGGUUGGGGGCCCCGGAAGGGAAGGGUUCCGGGGUGGAGCUCCCUCGAGCUGAGGAGAAAACACCACCCACCAUUGCGGCACCUCCAUUCUACCUUCAUCAAUGUUUCCUCUUUCCCAUUCCCUCGGCCAAGCCCCCGAUUUCCUGUCUGCCACCCCCAAAGCUCCCUCCUGCUGCUUCCCUUCCCCUGCCUUCGAAUUCAACUCAGAAUGAUAAAUUUCAGGAUGAGGAAGGUAACGUGAGUGACACAGACGGCUGCAGUGCCAGUUUUAAAAAAACGGGGGGAUCGAGGGCGCCUCAAGGGCCACCCUCCCCCCCCCGCCCCACGUUCGGGGCCCUAUGCGGAUGCGUAGUCAGCGUAUGCCUAAGAACGGGCCUGUUGAAUGUAUAAAGCGGGGCUUUCCGAACCGUGCCAAUGUGCCGUUAUUUGUUGGAGAUGUUGUGCGAAUGGGAUUACUUGCCUGCACAUAAUAGCCGGAUAGAGCAAUGUGUAUGUCUUCAGGACUAUAAAAAUGUGUGUGUGUCUUCAGGAUUAUACCAAUUUGUUUGUGUCUACAACACUUUACGAAUUUGUGUGUGUCUUCUGGGCGAUACCAAUUUGUGUAUGUCUUUAGGACUAUACCAAUUAGUGUGUGUAUUCAGGACUAUACCAAUGUGUGUGUGUCUUCACGACUAUACUAAUUGUGUGUGUCUUCAGGACUAUGCCAAUUUGUGUGUGUCUUUAGGACUAUACCAAUUUGUGUGUGUUUUCAGGGAUAGAAAAAUGGGUGUACUUCUUCUGGGAUGGAACAAUGUUUGUAUGUGUUCAUGGACAAAACAAUGUGUGUUUGUCUUCUGGGAUAGAACAAUGUGUGUAUGUCUAUUGGGGUAGACAAUGUGUGUAUGUCUAUUGGGGUAGACAAUGUGUGUAGGUCUAUUGGGGUAGACAAUGUGUGUCUGUCUUUGUGUAUAGAAUAUUUAUUUAAGAGUUUUUCUGUACGAACUCAUGGCAUUGGUCUUACCCGAUUGAUUUACUAAUGCACCUUGUCUUUCCUGAGUGAUUUACUAAUACACCAUUUUGGGAAUUUUCGCGAGCAAAAUAAGAGAGUGUUUAACGCAGCUUUCCUACCUUGCGGGAAAGCUUUUCACGCGACGUUUCGUUCAUUUCUGCCGGCAAAGCCAACAAAACACAUACAUCUUUUACACUCUUUGGCAUUUGUUGUUACUUAAAUUCCCAAAUUCAUCCGCCAAACCUUAUUGCAUUUUCUCUAUAGGGGCACCUUCUGGACCAUCAAGGAGAGAGAACGCUGGUCACUUCUGCCCUCUGGCAUAGUCAACAAAAUAUCAAGAGUUAUCUUUGAGACCAACAAGCUGACCACGUAAAGUUCCUUCCCUCUCUCAGUUCUGUGUAGAGACUUUUAAGGCGUGCAGUGUCAACUAGUUGCCAUUUUCGUGUGAACCUUCCUUAAAUUUUAGAAUCUUAAUUUAAUAGUAUUUAAUUUUUUUAUAGUAGGAUCAGGCCUUAUGCAAGUAUGGGCCACGGAAUGGCUCUCAUUAUAGCCAAAAGCUUCCUAAUCGUUUGUUUUUUUCCUUACCGUGUGUCCCACUGAUCCAGAUACGUGAUUGUUCAGCUGACUAUAGGCAACCAGAAAGCGGAAUAUGAGGACGCGAACCUCAGCAGCUCAGAGAGUGAGGAGGACGAAAUCGGGCUCGCGGAGGAUGCGGCGG